GUCGUCUCCCUCGAGGGUGGAAAUGCGUUGCCAAUUGCGGCUUCGACAAUUUAGUUUAUGUUGGAGCUCGAGGUCCCGGUGAGAGCUUGUUUCGCUCUCGCUGGACCGGGGCCUGGAGCGGGAUCUGGCUUGUACAGAGGUGCUCUACUCUACGCCAGUGUUGUUCAUGGACCGCGGCGCGAGUUCCAGAGCCUACUCCUCGAGCUGUCGGUGUCCAUUGCAGGAUCUCGCUUGAGAGAGCGAGAGAGCGUUCGUCGCGUGUGAGGGGCCUCGGAUUCUUUUCUUGGUGGCUACAUUGGUACCAGAGGUAGUGGAGAUGCUUAGGAAGUUUGGAGGAGGAGAUUAGAGACAGUUUUGGGUGGAGAAAUUACGGUGGAUUUUAGAGUUAAUCUUGUGGGUUGCUCUUGGCUCUCUCUCUCUCUCUCUCUCUCUCUCUCUGUGUAGACAAAUUUCCUUCCUGCUCUGAUUGAAUCAGUCCUGGCUUCUUAGUUGGAGCACGCUUUUGUACAGAAACUGCAGCCGAGUUUCAUGACAUUCGGCAUGUCCAUGAAGCUGUGUUUGUAACAGCCCGGGGUCGAGCUCAUGGGGAAAUUUUGUGGAACAGUUGGAAAGUUAUGGGCAUCGUGUAGAUGUGAAAUUUUGUAGAGUGCCUCUCAGAUUAUUGAUGCACCUUGUUAAAACCUCGAGGGCGUAGUUGUGGUCUCAAGCAAUGGCUGCUAAUCUUGCGAAUUAUGUACAUAACAUCCGUAGUGUUACAUCACUACGUGAGCCUCCUACGCCUCCCGAAGGUUUGGUCAAGGGCUUACCGUCCAGGGGCAGCUGUGUUUUUCUUGGCUCAACCUUCCCGAAGCAUGUUUUCUUGAGCUCUGGAAGCAUCAGGCGCAUAACACUAUUCCAUCACGUUUUGUAUUCUAGUACUCAAUGUAAAGGAUCUUCUGGAGACAAGGGCAAAUUAACUCAUAACAAACAACCUUGUGAGAAAAUCAAGCGCCACCUGAAUGUUAAUGGUGGUAGUUCCCAAGGGAACGAGGAUGGACACAAACCUCUUGGGCCUUCAUCUCAAAAGCCAGCCACUUCUACUUCUUACGAGGGGCAGCAAGAGGGUACCAUCGAGAUCCGCAGAGCACGACACAAAGGAAGAGUUGGCACUUACAUAAGAGAAGGGAAUGUCUCUCUGGCGUCAUUUGGCAUCAAAGUCAAGCGUGACAAGAGGGGCCAAAAAGUUGAUGUUACGAAGUCAUUAUCGCAACUGCUCCCCUAUGUUGUAUUAGCAACCGCAGUAUCUGCAUUGACACAGCCUGCUUCUUUUGCUUGGGUUAGUAAAGACUACUACGCCCCAGCUCUUGGAGGAAUAAUGCUCUCAAUUGGGGUGCAGCUCUCUGUUUCCGAUUUUACUCUAGUACUCAAAAGGCCUCUUCCUGUGCUCGUAGGGUAUAUGUCUCAGUACAUGGUGAAGCCUCUUUUAGGACUUCUGGUGUGCGCAGCUUUCAGCGUUUCUCCAGCAUUCUCAUCAGGAUUGAUUCUUACAUCUUGCGUCGCUGGGGCUCAACUCUCGAGUUAUGCUGCUUUCUUAAGUGAAGGGGAUGUUGCCUUGAGCAUCAUCUUAACAAGUUUGACCACAGUUACGUCUGUGAUUAUUACUCCUCUCCUGACUAAGCUUCUGAUCGGAUCUGUUGUGCCAGUGGACAUCAUUGCCAUGGGCAAAUCUAUCCUCCAGGUUGUGAUCCUCCCCAUUGUGCUUGGUCUUAGUUUGAAUACAUAUGCCAAAGGCUUCGUGGACAAAAUACGGACUUUUAUGCCUCUGAUGGCCAUGGUGUGCACAUCUCUGUGCAUCGGAAGUCCAUUGGCCUUGAACAGAAGUCGCAUUGUAUCUAUGGAAGGGUUUCGCCUCUUGUUCCCUGUGCUGGCGUUUCACAUUGGUGCAUUUGUUCUAGGGUACUGGAUCCCGAGAUUGCCAUUCUGGAAGCAAGAUGAGAAGGUUUCACGAACAAUAAGUCUGUGUACAGGCAUGCAAAGCUCUACUUUGGCAAUGCUUUUGGCGACACAGUUUCUAGGAGGAAGUCAUGCAGUUCCUCCUGCGUGCUCAGUAGUAGUGAUGGCCACAAUGGGUUUGUCACUUGCGUCAUUUUGGGGAAAAGGGCAUGAGAUUCGUGACAUGAAGAAAGUACUGAACGGAGGUGUAUCAUAUGCCUGAAAAGCCUGAUGCUUCAAUAUACCACAAAUGGUGGUGUAGGGUGGAAAGGAGGAUUUUUGAAAGAGAGAUUGAUAUGCCAAGUUGGUAUUAUCCUUGUAAAUUUAUAAAUCACUAUGCAACUCAAAUAGUACUAUCAGUAUUUGUAUUAUAAAGCUUAUUUUUUAGUUAACAAGUUAUAUUGUCCAACUGACAAUGUAUAUAUAUAUAUAUAUAUAUUGCUUUCUUGCAAUAUUUUUUCCUGCUUGGUGAAUUUUAGCUAUUACUUUGGCAGUAGCCAUUAUUUUUUAGGUUCA